AUGUCUGGUCCAGUCGCAACGAUGCACGUCUGUUCCAACUUCAAGAGGUUUUGCUCGUCCUUGCAGGACCUAGUUUCGUUUCGCCGCAGAAAGGACCUCAGGCGCCAGCUGCAGAUUUCUGAGCCGUUCAAUUUCAGAAAGGAAGACACGGUCAUCCCGGGCCUGACUGAAAACGAAAUCACCGUCAUGCGCGAAAAAGCCGCCGCGAGCUGCCUCGGCAUCGCAGACCUGCUCUACUACGACACGGCCUCCAUGUCCCUGUCCCUACCCCUACCAUCACCGCGGUUACGCACUACACCCGACGUCCCGGACUACUGCCACAGCAGCAGCGGCGGCGGCGGCGGCAGCCUGCGGGGGGUGUGGACACCACAACAACCGCUCUCCGCCGUGGCAGCAAUGAUAGCCCGCCCCGUAGCAGCAGCAGCAACAGCCCGCCCGCCGACGCGGUUGACGUCGUCGGCCUCGGCAGCAUCCUCGCGCGCCUGCUCCAACCGCUCGCUGUACCGCGCCCGCCGCGCCCUGUUCGCCGCCAGCACUAGCACCAACGCUACUCUUGCCAUCUCGCCCGCGUCGUCUACUGCCAUGUCGCCGUCGUCGUCGUCGUCGUCGUCGUCGUGUUUUGGGCGAGACCCCCUCAAUGAUCUCGAUCUCGAUCUCGACCUCGCCGCUCCCGGCAGCCCCGUCAGCCCGCUGUCGCCGCGCAGUAGCUCGCGCUCUGCUUGGGGGAGGCUCGUUGGUGUGGCGAUUUAG